UUCAUGGAACCAAACGUAACUGUGACAUGUUUAUGGCCGAUAUAAAUCGGAUUUCAUUCCGGUGUCUGUUUGAAAUCUAGCACGAAUGUGAUCAGGGCAUUAAAGUAUCAAUUUAACGCAAUAACAAGUAUUUAUAAUUUGACUCUAUGUUCAAAGAGUGCACACAUCCAUUUUCGAAAGAAUCCGAUACACUGGAAUAACAUCGCUUUAGAAUUUAUCAAACCACGUGACUGACUGGUCAUAAUCGACUCAAAUAAAAGACAAAAAUCGUCUUUAACUGGGAUUUUCAUUCUGACUAGAAAGGACUUGUUUCAUCUGAGGAUUGGAUAGUAAUGAUAGCUUUACGACUUGUAUCAGUUAUGGAAAUUGACUAUAUUGAGAGCGUAAUCAUGUGACCACUGUAUAUAUUGCUGAUAUCGGAGCAGAUGGUAGAUUUCACAUCUAAUACUUGACAUGUAUCGGAUCAGAAAAUGAAGGAAACUUUUUGGAAGGAUUUAUAGUUUAUUUUUCGAAGGAUUAUAUUUUUAACAUGACUAUUACAUUUCCUUCUAUAAACAGUGUGACAGAUCAGAAACGAGACAAUACAGGACAUGAUGGUAAAGAAGGAGCUCACAAACAUCCAAUUGAUGAUCCUGUGGUACAGGUCAUCAUCGCAGUGUGUUGUGCAGUUGUUAUUUCCGGUGUGAUUUUUGCAUGCAUCAUUUGCCUCAGACGACGCAAAUCUUCAGUGCGGCGCAAAUCUAGUCUAGGGCAUUUCUUUAUCACAAAUGAUGCGCCAUCGCCGUUUGGAAUUGCUAGUUUAAACAGCCAACUGUAUCGCUCACAAAGUGAAGAUAACAAAAAUGCUGUUGACGACACAAAUUAUAACACUUUUAUGUAUAGCGAAGAAUACCCACAAGAAGAGUAUUCCGAAUUGGAUAUGUCCGAUAGAUCGAGUACACCCUCCGGUGAUAGAUCAAGUACUCCUUCCGGUUCAGAUAUAAUUGAAACUACUUUAAGCGGUAGUCCUCAAAGUGACAAAUCUACAUCUGACAUGAAUAAAAUUUCCGCUAUUAAGAAAUUGAGAAUGAUGAGAAGGGCAAAGUCAAUGGGAAACUUGACAAGUGGGGUAGCUUCCGGUGUUAUUUAUAGGACGGAUAACGACACAGUACUUACGCUUUGUUUAGACUACCAUCAAGCUAACUCUGUGUUAAAUAUAGACUUACAAGACGCUAUGGAUCUUCCUUCAAAAACACAAAAUUCUGAAGUGUUUAUUACUGCUCAUUUAUUCCCUAAAUCAAACGAAGGCAUAAACACGAAAGUCGUGCCUGUGGAUGAAAUUGUACAUUUUGACGAAAUUUUACAGUUUAGUAACGUAUCGUUACAAGAUUUAGAACAUUGUACAAUUAGACUGUCUUUAUUUUCAAAGAAAAAGUCAAAAUCAAAGACCAACUUUAUUGGUGAAGCAUUUAUUCAGUGUACUGAAAUAAAUAUAAAAUCACCAUCUCCUACACGAAUGGAACUCAUUCUUCAAAGAAAAAGGCUAAAAAAGCAUUCUACUGCAGACAAACAUUUAAACAGCAAUUUGGGUGAAAUAUUUGUUUUGCUGCAGUAUAACAGUAUGGCCAAAAGAAUGAAAGUAUUUAUAAGACGAGCAGAACAUUUACCGAAAUCAGAUAGACUUCUUGGACAACCAGUCCAUUACAUUAUAUUAAAUAUCUAUCUACACGGUGAACUUAUUAUGACAAAAGAAACAAAAACUGUGAGUGGAUACAGUCCGGUGUGGAACCAACCAUUCCUUUUUGACAUUCAUAAUUCAACUGUUGGUGAGCAUGCGCUAGAGCUUGUGAUAAUGAGAGGUCGUCGACACACAAAAGAUGGUGUUAUAGGCCGUGUGGUGAUAGCAAAACAUGGCCCAAAAUCAGGCGUCGAUCAUUGGUUAGAAAUGAUUCGGCCAUGUUCGCACGAAGUUGCCAAAUGGCAUAAUAUCCUUCCAGUUAUAAAAUUUGAGCCAUGAUGAUAGACCAUGGAAGUGAAAUAAAUUAUAGUACUACCAUAGACUUGGUUGAUAGCUACAAUUGACAAUUAAGCAGGUUCUGCAAUUUGGGUAUAAGCACUCUGUAUGCCUUCAAAAAUGAUGUUCAUGCUUUAAAACAAACUUAUGUGAUAUUUUCGUUUGUGAUGUCUUUCAACAUUUUCCAAAAUUCUUAUGUACAUAUGAGGGUCAGGAUGGGUUUACAAAAUAAAGAAUGAUUGACCAAUACUACAGAAAAUAAGGCCGCAAUGAUAAAGAAAAGACAAAAGACAAAAAACAUAAAGAAUUAUAUAUAGAGAAUAGCGGGUGUUAAAAGCAAAGAGGGGAGAAUAAAAGGACAAAAAUAAUAAAGAAUAGAGAAAAAAAAAGAAAAAAUGGUUUCAAAAAUAAAUAAAUCAGAAAUGAAGAACCCGUUCAGAUCCUCAUAGACACCGUUGUUCAACUAGUCAUAUUAGUAAUAAUGGAAAUGUCUUGUUUUAUUGUUAUAUUUGUCUUAAUGUAAAUGUAUACAUGUACAAACAAUUAAGUGUUUUCGAAAUGAAAUGAUUUUAUUUCAUUUAAGUCCAUAGUGUUGGAGGGGAGGGGAGGGGGGUCACCAAAGCCGGUACAAGGUUUAUAAUUUUGUUCGUCAGACGUGCGUUUCGUCUACAAAACACUCAGUAGUGACACUUGAAUCAAAGCACUUAAAAGGCCCAAAGGGUUGAAGAGUAUUUAUUGAAGGCCACAUUCAGGAACAUCUUCAAUUAGUAUUUCGAAGAGUUCAAAGUUUUAUAAUGAUUUUGAAACCAAUUAAAAUGUAUCUGAUUAUAUUUUUUGUAUAUUUAAGACAGCUUGUUAAAUGCAUAAGAGGUUUCAUAAAACGUUUUACCACUUUAUUUUAAUUAUAUGUUUCUGUAUGGUUCUGUGAAAUAUUUAUAUAACAACAAUCGAAUGCUGUACAAACCGGGAAAUUUUUAUAUAGAUUGCAUAGAAAUAAAAUGAUAUUUUAUAUUUUUCAUAGUUAUGUCCAGAAAUGCGUUGUAUGGCUCUCUAUAUUAUGAUUGCUUAUUGUUUUCAAAUAAAAGAUUUUAACACUU